CCAAAUAAAUAUGGCUUAAAUUUUACUAAAAUAUAAAAAAAAAGUAUAAUUGAUGGAGUAAUAAUCUAGCUUUUUUAGUAGUAACGGUUCGAAACAUAAAUGAUGGUGAUGGUGAUGAUGGGUUCACUCAUCUCCUCAUUGUUUUCUCACUACCAUCUCAUCUUCUUCACCUCCUUUCCUUUCUUGGUUUCCGCCUUCUUCUUCGUCGUCUCCCGCUCGAGGAACUCCAAGUUCAAAACCAACUUGCCUCCCGGGCCCCUGGGCUGGCCGCUGGUGGGCAACCUGUUCCAGGUUGCCCAGUCCGGGAAGACGUUUCUGCAGUACGUGAGAGAUCUGGAGCCGAAGUACGGCCCCAUUUUCACUCUCAGGAUGGGGACGCGGAUGAUGGUCAUCGUAACGCGCGCCGAUUUGGCCCACGAGGCUCUCGUCGAGAAGGGCCAGGUUUUCGCUAGCCGGCCCAUGGAAACCCCGACCCGGACUAUCUUUAGUAGCAACAAGUUUUCGGUCAAUGCAUCUGUUUACGGGCCGGUCUGGCGGUCCCUUAGGAAAAAUAUGGUUCAAAACAUGCUCAGCACGACACGGAUGAAGGAGUUCCGGGCCGCCAGAGUGGCCGCGAUGGACAGGCUGGUCGAGAGGAUCGGAACUGAGGCCGAGGCCGAGGGCGGGGCCGUUUGGGUGUUGGCCAAUGCUCGGUUCGCCAUUUUUUGCAUCUUGCUUGCAAUGUGUUUCGGUGUUGAGAUGGACGAGAAGAAAAUCGACGAAGUCGACCGGACGAUGAAGGCCGUCCUCAUUGUUCUCGCUCCGAGGAUUGACGAUUUCCUCCCCAUUUUAAGCCCCUUUUUCUCCAAACAGAGGAAAAGGGUGCUGGAAGUGAGGAAGAAGCAAGUUGAAACAAUCGUCCCGUUGAUCGAGAAGCGCCGCCGGGCACUAGAAAACCCCGACGAAACGGCAGCGACGUUUUCCUACCUCGACACUCUCUUCGACCUCCACGUAAACGGCAAGAGCUCCGCCCCGACAAACGCGGAGCUCGUGACCCUGGUUUCCGAGUUCCUCAACGGCGGCACCGACACGACCGCAACCGCGGUCGAGUGGGCCCUGGCGAGGCUAAUCGAGAAUCCCGACAUGCAGUCGAAGCUGUACUCGGAAAUCAAGGGCGUGGUCGGGGACAAAAAGGUCGACGAGAAGGACCUAGACAAAAUGCCCUACCUAAGCGCGGUCGUAAAAGAGGUCCUACGAAAGCACCCUCCCACUUUCUUUGCCUUGACCCACGCGGUCACGGAGCCAACUAAACUGGGAGGGUACGACAUACCGGUAGACUGCAACGUCGAGUUCUUCCUACCGGCCAUAUCCGAGGACCCGAAGAUAUGGACCGACCCCGAGACGUUCAACCCGGAGCGGUUCAUCUCGGGCGGGGAGGACGCCGAUAUCACGGGGGUGACCGGAGUGAAGAUGAUGCCGUUCGGGGCGGGAAGAAGGAUCUGCCCGGGGUUGGGAAUGGCGACGGUGCACGUGAACUUGAUGUUGGCGAGAAUGGUUCAAGAAUUCGAGUGGUCCGUUUACCCGGAAAACACCAAAGUGGAUCUCACCCAUAAGUUUGAGUUCACGGUGGUCAUGAAGAACCCGCUUAGAGCCAAGGUCAAGCCUAGAGAAGUAAAGCCAUGCUGAAUCAUAUUUUGAGUGACAAUAUAAUUAGGGUACAGUUAAAUAAGUAAUUAAUUACUUAAUUACAUGGUUUGCUUCUCUCUUUCAAAUUUCAAUUGGUUGUCUAUACAUUAUUUAUGGAGUAUAUAUACUCAUUCUGCACAUUCAUUAUAAAUCAAUAUUGAGAAAAUGUAAAAUUGCCAAAUUAAAUUCUCUAAUAGGAU